CUGCGAGUUUAGUUCUGAGGCUUGGAAUACACAGGUGCUGGCGAGGGGCGCUGAUUCCCGUUGGCGCGGACGACCGAACAACGUCCGCUUCUUCAUCUCUGCCCCCCCACCGCAUUUCCCCGAGAGUUUUUCCCUUCUCGAUAGCCCCCGCUUAGCCCCCGCCUAGCCCCCGCUCGAGCGAACGAACCAAGGCAGGGAGUGGAAAGGAAGCACGACGGUGCUCGUUUGUUAUUAUUGUUGUCAUUGUUGUUGUUUCAGGAAUGCGAAGGAUUCAUGCGCCGAAGCAGGCUCGGAGUCCCCACCGCCCAAUGUAGGUCGCUCGUCCGCCAUCACCUCCCGUGAAGUGGCGCUGGCCAUCGGCCCCCGCACCCUCUCUCGAGAAUGUGUUUUUUCUGCAAGCAUGGAGCUGCGGUGUCGAUGUAAUGACAGGAAAAUAAUCCCCGCAGUCCAACGCGCUUGCUUCUUCAUCUCCUCCUCCACUUGCGACGCUGUGGUGAUCGUCUCCAGGCCGGAUUGAGACCUCCUCCCCUCUCCCAAUCGCCAUUGCAUUCCCCGUUCGAUCCCGGGGCGUAUCGUAGAUUUGGAUUUCAGGUUUCUUGGCCACCAGCUCGCCCUCCGUGAGCCGACUGUCAGCAAGCCUCGGGCAAGAAUUCGGGGCUCGCAGCAGGGCGAGAAUCGGGAAUAGAGGGCGAGAGUGGGAGAGCGGAUGCGGGACGGGCUUCGGCGCAGGGCCGGAAGCGCCGAGGCGGAAUGUUGCGGUACUGGGGCAGGAAAGCUGGAAGCGCAGAGCGUCGUCUGCCGACGAAGCAGAGCGAGCGAUCAUCAGCAGUCUGAAGUUGCGCCAGGGCUCUAUGACGGCCGCUGGUGCCUCAGCCCGAGCAGUUAGUGCGUCGGAUUCGUCUCACAUGUGCAGCCCGGGAGGUCGGGCAUGCAGGAAGCUCAACAGGAAUAGCCGAAGAAGCUCGGACAGGGUGCAGCAGGUCCUCGAGGGAUCGUCGUCGUUAUUAUUCGCAUCGCCGCGCAGGGCGAGCUCAAAUCUAGCACUGCUGGCCGCAUUGCUGCUGUCACUGCUGCUGUUGGCGCAAGCGCAAGCGCAGAGCGCAGAGGAAUUCUCGGUGGACCGCACGGCACUGAAUCAGCAGAUUCAGACGGCGGCGUUCCAAUCGUUUCCUCGCCGGGUGGUGACGGGGGCGGUGUACAAUGCCUCGCUGCCGGGCAACCUCUCGGGCGUGGCGGACGUGCGGAUGGUGCGAUUCAGGACCGGGCGCUUGAGGCGAUAUGGAUUCCAAUUCGGCGAAGUGAACCUGCCCGUGGGCGUCAAGGUGGAGGAAAACCUGCGGCAUGUGGUUCUCGUGUACAGAAGCUUCAAGGACUACAACUUCCACAACGCCACCGCCGGCUCCGAGUUCGCGGCUCCCGUGGUCGGCGUGCUCGUGUACAAUGGCACCAACCUGACGAAUUUCGACCCUCUGCCGGAGCUGCGUGUCACCACCACCGCUCGCCCCAUCGAGGUCACCGUCGCUAAUUUGAACACCAACAACAACAACAACAUCAACGCGACCUGCGUCUUGUUUAACGACACCGACAUCGUCGUGUCUAACUUCACCUCCCCAUCAUCGAGCUCGUGCAGUUGGACGACGCUCGGGGAUUUUGCCCUGCUGGUGCCGCGAGUCAUGGACUCGCCCGGCGGCAGCAAGAGCAGCAACAACGCGUGGAAGAUCGCCGUGGGCGCUGUGGCGGGCGCAAUCGUGCUGCUGGGCCUGCUGUCGCUCGUCGCGCUCGUGGCCGUGCGCUACCGCGAGAGAGCGAAGUUCGCCAAGAUGGAGCGCGUCGCGGACCAUGGGGAAACUCUGCACCACACGCUGAUCGGGGGCGGCCGAGCUCCUGCCGCCGCCAGCACCCGCACCAAGCCCGUGCUCGAGAGCGACUACGUGAGCUGAUCGCGCCGCGGCGGCAGCAGCGGCAGCUUCGAUUCGCCAUCGCCAUCGCCAUUGCAAGCCCAGCGAGCCAGCAGCAGCAGCAGCGGGCGGCACAAGCGGCGGCUUCAUUCUUUCCGUAGGAACCCAAAGCUCAGUGUAGAGGACGACGACGACGAGUCCGUCCAUUCUUUGUUUUAGUAGCAUCUUGUAAAGUUCUCUCCGCCCCAUUCGCACCAUUCAUCAUCUGGCCCCAAAGAUUGAUUGAUUGAUGACCUCCUCAUCUCCCCUCCCCCUUCCCUUCCCUUCCCUUCCUGCCAUUCCAUUCGUUUCCUUUGCCCCUUUCUUCACAGAUUUCCCCAAUCUUUGGAGCUUUUACAUUUUGGGCCAUGCAUCAGCAGCAGCAGCAGUGGCAGUCAGUGGUGGUGAUGGUUGUGGUGGUGGAUAUGGCGGCCGGGAAGACAGAUUCUUUCGAAGAUUUAAAGAUUACGAUCAGCAGCAGGGGAAGAAGAAACAAGGUUUCGCAGGAAUGGCCCAAUGCGCGGGACGGGAUGUUCGUUUUCACGUGGGACCUCCCGCUCGCUCUCUCUUACGGAGGUGUAGGCUUCCCGAUCACCCCCUCCAAUUUCCAUCUCGGUGGACCUCGUAAUGCGGCGCGCGGUGCUCGCGACAGCACCGCAUGAUUUCUAGUGCGCGAGCACACUGUGCCCUCAUUUUCUUCCCCGUCCGAGCACUCGCUCGCUCGCUCGCUUUCUCUCUGGGCACGAAGUUCGUCACAGUGUCGGAGCAGCAGCAGCAGCAAAAGGAGAAAGGAUUGCACUCACCGACGACGACAACGACAACGAAGACGACAAAGACUACGACACAUUUCUCAAGGCCCGUAGCGAAAGGUCGAUUGGUCUGGAUUCUUUCUCGGGGUGGCAGCGUUGCAGCAGCAGUGGAAGGAGAGGCGAAGCCAUCUCUCGUCACCGACGCAUGCGUUUGCUUUCCGAGUGGGGAUUGGGUUCGUAGUCGUAGGGGUGUCGGUGGGCAAGCUAGACAUACAGACAGACAGACAGACAGACGACUCUUCUCUCGUCGCCGGGCCAAUGUCUGAGCUCGUACUCAAUCUUACCCUUUCUUCCCUCCUUUUCCCUCUCUCAAUCACUCAAUCUCUCAAUCUCUGUCACUCACUCGCUCAUUCGCUCGCUUGCUCGAUCCCGUUCUCGAUCUUGUGUGUGGAUGGCUUUCGUUCUCCAGCACCUUUUGUCUAUUUUGUCUUCUCCUCCGCAAGCAUGACAUGACAUCUCGCGCAUUCUCGUCUCACGCUGAGCUUUGUCUGUACACUCUACUCAUUCAUCGUCGUCGUCGUCGUCGUCGCUUGGUCCGUAGAAAUUUAGGGAGAGGUUCGUCGAUUGGUCGACAAAAAGCACGAUAGCGUAUGUCUUUCUUCUGCUCGCUGCGCUCUCAUUCAUUCAUUCAUGACGAGGACGAGGCCGCGGCUCUGCGGGAGAAUAUAUUCUUAGCCAUUUCUAAUAAUCCAAUGCCUAGCUACGGCCAUGGCACGGCGCUAGCCUAGCUUUGGUACAUUUGAAAUACGUUUGUGUCACCGAGCUCUUGUGACUAUUGCCUGCCUGCCUGCCGUCUUCGUGCCUAGUGAAGGGGCUCCAUGCCCCAUGCACCGAUUGAAGUGCUGUGCUGUGCGUGCGUGCCAGACGAUGCAUCCUUGUAUUGUAACAAAGCCGUGAUUCUGUUUCUGUAAGCGAAAAUUAUUUGCACUUGCCUUGCCUCCAUGCCUCGCCUUGCCAUCGGAUGUGUCUGUGUUUGUUUCCC